AACAAUUUCAAAGAAUUUUGAUAAGAGAAGGCGACUCGGCCGGUCAAGACAAUAAUAAUGCUUUUAAAGUGUGAUUGGUUGCUUUUAAUUUUCUUAACUAAGUUAUCACUACUAAUACGAAUUCAUUCGACACCUCUACGACGUGACAAUAAUUAUCCACCAAAGGAACUUAUAACGGGAGCUAAACCACUACAUGAGAAAUGUGUAAAAGAAACUGGAGUAACGGAAGAGGCAAUCAAAGAAUUUAGUGAUGGAGAAGUACACGAAGAUGAAGCCUUAAAAUGUUAUAUGAAUUGCUUUUUUCACGAGUUGGGCGCAGUUGAUGAUAAGGGUGAUGUUCAUUUGGAAACUUUAAAUUUAAUUAUGCCAGGAUCGUUUGUAGAUGCCAUACUAAAACCAGCUCAACAUUGCAUUCAUCCAGAGGGCGAUACCUUGUGUCAUAAAGCCUGGUGGUUCCAUCAAUGUUGGAAGAAAGCCGAUCCAGAGCAUUACUUUCUUUUGUAAGAUAAUCAUUUUGUGUGGGAAUGACACCUAAAGAAAUUGUGAUUGAAAUUUUUAUAAAAUUCUGGACUGAUUUUAAUCUAAAUUGAAC